AUGGCUGAGUCUAAGAACCAUACGAAUCAUAACCAAAAUCGCAAAGCUCAUCAAAACGGUAUCAAAAAACCUAAGGAGUUCAGGCAUGAAAGUACCCUGGGGAUGGACCCCAAAUUCUUUUUUUUUUAUAGGAUAGGUAAAAAGGAUCUCCGGUUCUCUACACUCACCAUACGAAACACAGCAGCGUUAAGCUGCUAUUUUACGCUGGUACUAGUAUUCUUGAGGAAUCAAUGGUUUUGCAAAAAGGGGAACCUGAAACCUGUCAAACAGCUUACACGUGCUGCCGAGAAAAAAGCAGCUCGAGAAGCUAAGGCUUAA